UAUAUUCCUAGAUGACCUUUUCUUCCAUCUCUAGCUGUAUUCUCCCUACUUUAUCUGUUUCCCUUCAUCCUUAUAUCACUAAAGAACAGAUCCAUUCUCCUAAUCCCCAUACCCUAUUCCAUGAUUCAUGUACAUAGGUCCCCAUAGCAAGAAGACACCAUAGAUUUGAAUUCACCAAGCUAGAUAGAAACAGACAGACUAGAGGAGCAACAGCACCACCCAUGAUCGGCUCUCCUCCACCGGCUCCGCCGCAACCUCUCGGCAUCAACACCUCCUCCAACUCCUCCAUCCCCCCUCAACCCUUCCCUUCCUUGCAUAGUGUCAACACCACCAAGAAAAAGAGAAGGCCGGCCGGCACUCCAGACCCGGACGCGGAGGUGAUAUCGCUGUCGCCGAGGACGUUGCUGGAGUCGGAUCGAUAUGUGUGCGAGAUCUGCAACCAGGGGUUCCAGCGGGACCAGAACCUCCAGAUGCACCGGCGGCGGCACAAGGUGCCGUGGAAGCUGCUGAAGCGGGAGGCGGCGGAGGUGCGGAAGCGGGUGUUCGUGUGCCCGGAGCCGAGCUGCCUGCACCACGACCCGUGCCACGCCCUCGGAGACCUCGUCGGAAUCAAGAAGCACUUCCGGCGCAAGCACAGCAACCACCGGCAGUGGGUCUGCGCCAAGUGCUCCAAGGCCUACGCCGUCCAGUCCGACUACAAGGCCCACCUCAAGACCUGCGGCACCCGCGGCCACUCUUGUGACUGUGGCCGAGUCUUUUCCAGGGUGGAGAGCUUCAUAGAACACCAAGAUACAUGCAAUGGCGGCCGAGCCAGAACCGAGCUUGGGACACUCCAGCCUGCAAGCCUAUCAAGUGACACCAACUUCAGCAAACCAGGGUGGCCUGGUCUACAAAUGCCAAAUUCCGCCGCCUUCUUCCUUCACUCUGAUCAAAUUCCCUCGCCUUCGGCCGACCAUCGCCGCACCAACAACAUCGAGCUCCAACUUCUACCCCCAUCCAAUACUAAGUCCACAAGCCUCCCCUCUUCCACACUCUCCCCUACCUCUCAGGAGGCACAAGCCACCAAAUUGCAGCUCUCCAUUGGCCUCGGCAGUGACCGGGCACCGCCGGAGGAGCCGGGAUUGGCAACCAUGAGGCUCAAAGAGGAGGCAAGAGAGCAACUGAGGCUAGCAAUGGCCGAGAAAGCAUUGGCAGACGAGGCAAGGCAGCAGGCCAAGCGGCAAAUAGAAUUGGCUGAGCAAGAAUUCACAAAUGCUAAGAGAAUAAGGCAUCAAGCGCAGGCCGAGCUUAAUAGAGCGCAUGCCCUUCGAGACCAUGCAGUGAAGCAAAUCAACUCAACACUGCUCCAGAUUACAUGCUAUGCUUGCAAGCAGCAGUUCCAGGCAAAGCCCAUGAUGGCUUCUGAUGAGAAUUCUCUAGUUGCAAGCUAUAUGUCGUCGGUGGUGACCGAAGGUGAGGAGGAGAAUGAUGACCAAAACCAGCAGCAAAAGAAUUCUAGCACAUAGUUGGCAAUAUCUCUUUCAAUCCAAAUCUCCUUCUCUUGAUGACUAUAUUUAGUGAUGUAAUUAUGUAUGGUGAUGUUGCAGUUUUCAAAAUUUCAAGGAGGUAUUGUGACAUGCAAUUUUUUUUUCCUUUUCCCUUAUUCAUUUGGCUAUGAUGAUUUUAUGAUGGCUUAGCCUUUUUUCAUCUUGGAAUCUCUUAGUGUGCGCUUGUAAUUCCCAAGACCACCGAAGAAUAUGAGAAAAAUCCUCAUGGAAAUUUGAACUCU